AUGACUAUCGAUUAUCGGCAUGGGAUUUCGAUCCUAGAGGUCAUUGUUUACUCUCCAUGCCUCUUCAUUGCUCUCUGGAUGGCAUUCCACCAUGGUUUCAAAAAAAGCUCCGGCUGGUACUUUUUCAACAUCUUUUGUCUUGCCCGUGUCAUUGGCGCAGCAUGCUAUUUGGCUACGAUUCACCAUCCUUCCAAUGUCAAUCUAUACAUUACCUGGGCUGUUUGCACUUCGCUUGGACUUUCACCGUUAUUAUUGGCUUGCCUUGGUCUUUUAUCCCGCGCAAAUGAUUCUAUUAUGCGAAAGACCGCCAAUCCUCUCCACCCGUUGAUCUUCCGGGUUGUUGCAACAUUUUCACUAGUCGGUGUGAUUCUGAGCAUUGUCGGCACAACCCAGAAUUCCGAUAUUACGCAUGGCCUUGUUACAAUAGAGUCGAAGAUUGGCCUCAUAUUGUACCUUAUUACCUGGUUCUGUGUGUGCGUACUGUUCUUUCUGAUCUUGAAACGAACGGAAAGUAUUGAGGAUGGAGAACAUCGCCUCCUCUUGGCUGUGGGAAUCUCCGUCCCCUUGAUCCUCGUGCGAUUAGUCUACUCUUACAUCUUUGCCUUUGGUGGAGAUGCAGACUUCAAUCUGCUGUCCGGAAAUGUCACGAUUCAGCUUGUGAUGUGUGUUUUAGAGGAAAUUCUCGUUGUUUUUGUGUGCCUAGGCAUCGGCCUUACACUUGAAGUACGACCCGCUGCUGAAUACACGCAGCAACUCAGUACCCACAGCGGAGAAGAAAAUCUGAUGGAGCUCGAGAGUGGUCACCUGCAAGGCCAAGCGCGUUCAAAUAGACGAGUCCAAAGACCCAAGCGUCGGGGUGGACCCAUUACGAAACUCGUGAUGUAUAUUGUGGAUGAGGUCAAGGACCGGAAGUGA